AUGGUGUUCCUCUGGGGUCCGUGGCUGCUGUGCCUGUCUGCUCUGCACAGCCACCUGAGGUUCUCCUCAGUACAAGCCAUUGAGCAAAAGCGUCUCUUCCUAGACAAGGAUGGGGACCUGAAGGAUGUGAAACACGCUGGAGUUGAACAGUCUGCUCUGCUGGGAGCAGGGGGGGUGCUGAACACAGACCUGGCAGACUUCACCUAUGACACCUUCCAGGAGACUGAUGGACCCAUGCUACCCUUCACCACCAACUCACCAGGCAUGAAGAAUGACUGGAACGCAGAAGAUGAAGCCAUAGCUGGGGCUGUGGGCUGUUCUGAACAGCAACCAUCUGGGGAGAUUUCCUCUUCUUCAGAAGAGGGAGAGAGUGAAGAUAAAAGCUGCGAGAUGACUUGGAAGAGGAGCCAGAGGCUAGCAGAUGGCUUGAUGAGAUUCAGCAUUGAUCUCUUGAGAGAAGUCCAGCUGGAGUCCAACAGGACCAAUGUGAUCCUCUCACCCCUCAGCAUCGCCCUCGCCUUGUCUCACUUGGCACUGGGAGCAGCAAAUCAGACAGAGAAGCACCUGCUGGAGGUGAUGCACCUGCAGUCGGUGCCCUGUGUCCACCACAUGUUGGGCACCCUUCGGAGGAGGCUCACGGAAUCCACCCUCAGCCUUGCAUCCCGUCUGUACCUGCAGAAAGGAUUUGAGGUGAAAGAGAAGUUCCUGGAGGAUUCAGAGAAAUUCUAUGGAGCAAAGCCCAUGACCCUUUCUGGGAUCAAUGAAGAUGACCUCACAGCCAUAAAUAAGUGGGUAAAGGAAGCAACUCAUGGGCAAAUACCCACCUUCCUACAGCAACUCCCUGAAAACACAGUGAUGCUCUUGCUCAACGCCAUCCAUUUCCACGGGUUCUGGAGGAAUAAGUUUGAUCCCAGCUUCACUGGCCCAGAUGUGUUCCACCUUGACAAUGAGUUUGUGGUCCCAGUUGAGAUGAUGAAAGCCCAGAAGUACUCCCUGAGCUGGUUUACACUGGAGUCCCAGGACAUCCAGGUGGCCAAGUUUCCCUUUAAGAGUAACAUGAGUUUUGUGGUCAUUGUACCAAACCAGUAUACUUGGAAUACCUCUCAUGUGCUAGAGAAAUUCCCUUACGGACAACUAUGCAAGCUUUUCCCCACAGAGGUACCCACUGCAGUGAAGAUCCCCAAAAUGAAACUGGAUCACCACCUGGAACUCAACAGGGUUCUCAGUCAAAUGGGCCUCCAGGAGCUGUUUACAAGCCCAGAUCUGCAGAAGAUCACAGAGGAGCCUCUCUUUGUAUCCAGCAUACAGCAUCAGUCCACCCUGGAGCUUAAAGAAGACGGGGUGGAAGCAUCUGCUGUGACCAGCGUCGCUAUGUCACGCUCAGUCUCUGCCUUCAGCCUCGACCGGCCCUUUGUCUUCAUUAUCUUUGCAGAUGAAACAGGCAUCCCACUCUUUAUAGGCAGUGUCCGGAACCCAAACCCCAAUGCUGCUCCCCAGCUCAAAGAGCCACUGGACUCUCAUGAAGCAAAGGAUGUCAAUGAGUACCCCAUGCCCAAAUAA